AUGGAGGAGCUGGGCAGAGAAUUGAGGAAUUUGAAGUGGGAAAUGACAAGGAGACUGAGGGAAGUCGGAGAGAGACUGAGAGGAUUGGAAGAGAGGUUAGAGGCGCUGGAAGGAGAAGGCAUGAGAAGGGAAGAAGAGGUAGCAGGUGAAAGGGAAGAGCUGAGGAGUAUGAGGGAAGCGAGAGGAAGAGGCAGCAGAGAAGAGGAAGCGCAGAGGGACGACGACGAGGAGGGAGAGAUGGAGAAGAGGAGGUACGGACGGGACGACGGGAGAGAGGGAAGGAGUGGGAAAAGAGAACAGGUGGUUGGAGAGAAGAGGGAGGAGAGGAUGGGGGAAGGCGAGAACAAGAGGAGAAGAGAACGGAGGGAAGAGGAGAAGAAGGGGCGGAAGGACGGAGUCGAGGAGAGCUGGUGGCAGGAGACGAGAGGAGAGGAGGAGAAGGAGAGGAGAGGGGGCGAGGAGAGAGACGAGGAUGAGGGAAGAGGACAAGAGAGGAGCAGAACGAAGGAGGGACAGGCAGGAGGAACUGGCAAGGAGGAGAGGAAGGGAGCAGAGAGAGAGGAGAAGGAAGAUGGGGAGAGAGAUGGGAAGGGGAUAGAGGCAUGGAAAAGGGUGGAAAGGGAAAUGGAGAGGAGGAUGAGGGAGAGGGCGGAGAGAGAAGGGUGGAAAAGAGUAAGGGAGGCGGAAAGGGAGAGAAGAGUAAGGGAGGUGAGAAGGAGAAACAUAGUGUGGAGGGGUGUGGAGGGGGAGGGGGCGAUAGAAAGAAAGGCGAUAAUAGAGGGGAUUAUGAAGAGAGAAGCGGGAAGGAAAGUAGAUUUAGGGGUAGUAUCAGAAAGAGUGGGGGAAAGGGGGACGAUAGUGGUGAUAACGGAGGUGGUGAGAGAGGAGGAUAGAGACUGGUUGUUAGAGAGGAGGGCGGAGAUAAGGAGUCGCUGGGAUGUAAGGUUAGAUGAGGAUUUAUCGAUGGAGGAGAGGAAAAUCAGAUGGAGGAUGUUAGAAAGGGCAAAAGAGGAGAGAAAUAAGGGAAAGAAAGUAUAUGUGGGGAAUAGAAGCAUGUGGGUGGACGGGAGAGAAUGGGUGUGGAAUAAAAGGAAAGAAGAGUGGGAAAUAAGCGAGGGGGAAGGAAAGGAGGAAGGGAAUUAAAGGGGAGAGGAGCUGGUGGAGUUAAUUGAUAUCUUAUGUUUUUUGUUUUAUGUUACUAGGAGGUGACAGAGGAGAAAUGGAAAGAGACGUGGAAGGGGAAGAGAGUGGUGAGAAAGAAA